AUGGCCGUUGGUGGCGUAUCGUCCCCCGUUGAUCAUAUCGCCCAGGAACACGACAGCCUGUGGAGCGAGACGGGCCUUGACCGCACUCCAACUCUUUUGCAUAUUACAAAGAAUCCAAAAGAAGCGGAGACCAUUGACAAUGGCGCGGUGGUGGUGAACAAAGAGGUGGUUCAAUCGACCAUACACCCCCAUCGUCCUCGUUUUUCAAAAAAUAGAAAGGGUUGUAGUAUUAGGAAUUGUACAGCGGAUAGUCCGUUCGUUAUCAAUAUCUCUACAACGAACGUCUACUGCACUCUCUUAUCCAACCUGCAUGAUCAUCUCGCCCCGCCCAGCCCAACGGGCCGUACGAGAGCACUUGAGCAGAUGACUCAGUGUGUGGAUCCGCCGGCUGCUCCCCCACUUGCUAUUGGAUCCCAUCAGAAGGUGGGGAAAUGGUUCACACCGGGCAGUCUCAUGGGAUUUGCACGUCACGUUGAGUGCACCGAUGAGCUAGCCAUUCGCCAAUGUUUGCGAAGGAGAGGAGUCCGCCCCACUCCAUUUCGUAACCAACGAUAUUGGCAUGAAAUUAUUGGCAAGGAGAAAGGAGUAAAGGCUGGAGCGCUCGGCGGCCGGCCGCUGACAGGGUAUAUAAAGAGCUCCUCAGAGCGCCACCCCCUUCACUCCCAACGUAUCUCACUCGACUCAAACUAUUACUCUGACCCUUUCUACACGCAUGACAAUGAACGUACCCCAGCAACUCGCUCAAUACACCCAGACGGACCUCGUCCGCCUCAUCGAGUCCUACCGCUACAUCCUCCACGUCCAUCUGAAAAAGCAGAGGCAGAACGAGCCCUGGCCGCACUCUACCAACCGACCUACGGCUCCGCCUCCGCCCAAGAACACAACAACCGCGUCCUCGGCGGAUACCGCGCCACCCUCGCCAACCCCAACGUAUCCGACGCGGCCAAAGCACACGCCCGCGCCAUGCUCGAGCAAGCGGGUGCCGACCUCAGAACGCAAAAGGAGCGGAAUCUACAGGAUGGCGCGAGUGGCAAGGGAAGUAGCAAGUCGCCGGAUGCCCAUUUGGCCAGACAAUUGGGUGGAUACAAGAGCGCUCUAAAGAGUGAGUAA